UCAUUCUUUUCAAAAUGGGUGUAGUAACCUACACAUCCUACCUUGCUGUUUUCAUCAUAGUGCUCAUAACACUCUAUCUCCUGUUCGCCGGUCAGGGAGAAUGGUUCAAUAUCGGCCAUUUCCUAGAAGAGAGUAGUCCAUACAUGUGGUCCAUGGUUGGUGUUGGACUGUGUAUUGGACUAAGUGUGCUAGGCGCAGGAUGGGGGAUAUUCAUUACUGGAGCAAGUAUUCUCGGAGGUGGUGUGCGAACGCCAAGGAUAAGAACGAAGAAUCUGAUCAGCAUCAUCUUCUGUGAAGUUGUGGCGAUCUACGGAGUGAUCAUGGCGAUCAUUUUCUCCUCCAAAUUUGCCUACAUACCUGAAUCCGACCUUCGCACCCCUUCAAACUACUAUACGGGCUUUGCGCUUUUUUGGGGUGGACUCACCGUCGGGGUUUGCAACCUCCUGUGCGGCAUUAGCGUUGGUAUUACCGGCUCAAACGCUGCUCUUGCAGAUGCCGCAGAUCCGACGCUCUUCGUCAAGAUCUUGAUUGUUGAGGUGUUUGGAAGCAUCAUGGGCUUAUUUGGGCUGAUCGUUGGGCUGCUGAUGGCUAGCAAGGCGAACAGCUUCACUGCAAUGGAAAAAGCUGCUGUUCCGUUAUGAGCCACCUACACUCCUUUGCGUGAACGCCUUCUUUUAUAACCUGUACAGAAUGCAGCAAUAUAAUUAACCAAGCUCAUCAUUAC